UUUGCUCUUUGUUCCCCUCAUGGACCUCCACCUCAUCUUGCGACGAGCCAACGUCAAGGUCAUUCAGUCACCGUAGUUUCUUUGUAUCCGGAUGUAAACCAUCCAGCCCAGCAAGACCUCCGGUACUCGAAUUUCGACACGCUUGACAAGCGAGGAGGUCUUGGUUUCAUCCGAAGCCAGUUCGAGAGAACGUCUCAGGGCAUACAUUCGCAGAAUCUAUUCCACAACGGGAGCAGGCUUAGCGGCCGAAUAGAGUUUACCGCUCAACUUUAUCCUGCAGCUUCACCGCGCUGAUAUGCUAUCCAUACGUGCCCCAACCAACCCAAAUUCUACUCCGCAAGUAUCGACAUGUCGUCUCAACCGGCUAAGCGCAUGCCCUACGUUCGUCUGGGCAACUCCGGCCUCAAAGUUUCAAAGAUCAUCUUGGGGACGAUGUCGUAUGGCUCUUCUGGCUGGGCAGGAUGGGUCCUUCCCGAAGAGGAGGGUUUGAAACACAUUAAGGCAGCAUACGAUGCCGGAAUUCAAACCUUCGAUACCGCCAACGUCUACUCCAGCGGCGAGGCUGAAGUGAUCUUGGGCAAGGCAAUCAAGAAGUACAACCUUCCUAGAGAGGAGAUAGUCGUGCUGACGAAGGUCUACUUUACUGUCGGACGCGAGUAUGGGGAGAACACGAUUGCUCACCCCGACGUGGACGCUGUUGGCUAUGUCAACCAGCACGGUCUGAGCAGGAAGCAUAUCUUCGACUCUAUCAAGAAGAGCUUGCAGCGCCUGCAGCUCGACUACGUCGAUGUGCUCCAGUGCCACCGUUUUGAUUACGACACCCCCAUUGAAGAAACGAUGCAAGCGCUUCAUGAUGUUGUUCAGGCAGGCUACGUGCGCUACAUCGGCAUGAGUUCAUGCCACGCAUAUCAGUUCCAUCAAAUGCAGAACUACGCUAUCCAGAACAAGCUCACUCCUUUCAUUUCAAUGCAAAACCACUACAGUAUGAUUUACCGCGAAGAGGAGCGUGAGAUGUUCCCUACGCUCAAAAUGUUCAACGUUGGCUCGAUCCCGUGGUCGCCGCUCGCUCGCGGCCUUCUUUGCCGUCCUCGUGGCGAAUCGAGCAAGCGCUUGGAGACGGACAAGUUCCUCCAGCGCUAUAACCGCACCGAGGCGUAUCAGACUAUCGUUGACAGAACGGAGGAAAUCGCCAAGAAACACGGCGUUUCCAUGACCCAGGUUGCUAUCGCCUGGACUCUGGCGAAGCCCGGCGUCUCUGCUCCUAUCGUUGGCACGACCAAGCUCGAGAACUUGUACGACAUCAUUGAGGGCGUUCACCUCAAGCUUACUGAAGAAGAUAUCAAGUACCUCGACGAGCCAUAUGUCCCUCAGGAAGUUGUGGGACACGCGUAAAUUUGGAGGUGUCCUGUGUUUCUCAUUUCCGUUAGUUAGUUACCCUCGUACCUGACGAACAGGUUGUACUACUAAAAGGAGUGAUAUGAAGAAUGCGAUCAAGCUACAUUUUCU